GAUUAAAAUUUUGAGACGCCCUCUAUACAACAAAUCUCAACGUUGACAGUUUAGAAUUAAUUUUUAGGUUAUGGUUCUAAUUUAAGCCACUUUCAUUAAAAAAAUCGAAACAAAAUGCCGUUUAUGAAAGGUAGAGCUCCUAUUCGUAGGACUAUGCAAUAUUUAGAAGCCGGUAAAUUAGUUUUGAAGGAUCAAAUUAAGAUAUUUACCGUUAAUUAUAACACCGCUGGGGAGCAUCAUCAAGGGACGAAAGACUUCGUGUUUUGGUACUUGCCACAACUCCAAUAUAAAAAUCCCAAUGUACAAAUAUGUACUUUUAAGAAUAAAACGCCUUCGCCGUUUAUACGAUGUUUUUAUGAAAGUGGACAAGAAAUGUUGAUAGAUGUGCAUGGUAAAACCAAAGAGGAGAUUGUUAGUCAUUUACUUAAGGUUGUUGGGAAAACAACGGAAGUUUUGGCAGCUGAAUUAAUAGCUCGAGAGAAAAAGGAUAAUCCAGCCAACUUUGGGGUCAUGUGCGAACGAUCUUGUAUUUGCCAAAUUCCUGGUCAAGUACCAUGUCCUGGAGUAUGUCCAUUACCCAAUCAAAUGAGAGGAAAAUAUAAAUUUGCUGUAGAUUAAUUUGAAUUAAUUAGAUUAUUUUAGAAAGUAUAGAUCAUUUUUGUAUUGGUUUAAGUUAUACAUAUAAAAAUCAUUCAAAAUUAAAUCAAAAUUUUUUUUUUA